AUCUUGGCCUGACCUAUUUUUAGUCAGAAAUUUUGAAGCCAGCCAGUCUUGGCUCUAGGUUAUCCCGUGAGGCUUUCACCGUUGACUAGAAUCAACCUAUGUGGGCCUGACCUAUUUUUAGUCAGAAAGUUUUAAACAAACCUGUCAAAAUUUGUAGCAUGUUGGUAUAAAUAUAAGUAAGGCAUGCGGAAGAUUCUUUCCGUUCUCAACAUGGCUUGCAAGAGCUUGAGAGAGCGUGUGGAGUUAGUUUUUGAAAACGAAAAUUUUGAUGAGCUACCUCAAAUUUACGCCGAAUUAAAUAAAAAGUUUAAAUGUAAUUCUGUUUUGCCAUCUACUGACGUGUUGCAAAAACAACUUACUUUUGGUUUUAUCCAAAGAAAUUGCCAUGCAGAAUACUACCUUCCUGCCUAUGUGAAAGCAAAGAAGGAUGGUUGCGCAAUUACGUUGAAGUCUCAGGUCAAUGGAAAUUGCCUGUACAGUUCUAUGGCGUUGUGUUUGUUUGGGAAAAAUGUGAUGGUUGACGACUUUCGAAUUCUUGUGUCAGUGGAGCUAAUGAUGAAUGCUAGCUUUUACUGUAAGCAUCCUCUAUUUUCUUCUAUCCUUGCUCUUCCAGAAAGUCUCUUUAAAUCUAUGGAAGAUAUUCUCAAUAUGUCUGUCUGCAAUUCUGCAUUUAACACAGACAAAAAACAAGAAGACUUAGUUAAGGAAGUAGCCAUUUUAAAUUUAGUAGAUCGGAAAUAUUGUUCCUUUCUUGCUAUGCUUGCUCUGUCAUCUGUCACAAACAGGAAUAUAUUUUCUUAUUACCCAGAUUAUGGAUGCAAAAAAGCUCAAAUGUUGUUUAACCAAUUAAUAGAGCCUAGACAACCAAGCUCUGCUUUUGCUAUUCACAUUUUGUUUUGCUAUGAGGGCUUACUUCCAUCCAGAGAAAAUUUUGCACCUAAUCAUUUCGUUCCAAUUAUUUUUAAGCAGAUACAUAAACGCAAGUCAGGUUCAGCUGCGGACACAAAAGUUUUAUCUCCUCCUGUGAAAAGGCAAACAAGGUUUUUUCCGGAUGCACAGGCAACCGGGAAAUUAUCUCUUGUAAAACCUGUGAUUAAAGAUAAACAGUUUAAUUUCUUUCCUAAUAAAGCUUCCUUUAACAAUAAACUAACUGAAGAUUAUAAAGAUAGUAACAAUAAUAGCACAUCUGCUGAAGAUUUUAAUAACAAUGACAAAGCUUUAAAUGAUAUUUCCUUUGCUACUGUUUUAAAUUUUGAACAUCAAUAUGACGUUGCCUCUUUCCUUUCUAAAGUUUCAGGUCUAAAUGAUAAAGGUGUACACAACCUAAUCACCAAUGUUUUUGUGCCCGAUAAAUCUUUUAUUUUUCCUAAAAAAAGUGGGCGUUCCUUUCGGCAUGAAUGGCUAAAGACCUUUUUAUGGCUUAAAUAUUCACCAACUUUGGAUGGAGCAUUUUGUUUGCCAUGUAUCCUUUUUGGUCACAAGGUUGCUAACAAAACUUCUAAGUUACAGAAAUUGCUUUCUCAACCUUUUCGACAUUGGCCAGCUGCCAAAAACUUUUUUAAACAACAUGAAACAUCAAAAAAUGGUUUACAUAUUCAAACCAGCCUAAGUUUCAUACUCAAUAUAUUUCUCUCUCUCCUCUCCCCCCCCCUCCCCAUUUUUAGUGAUGACAAACCUGAUUGAUUCAAAAUUGUCCCCGGGCUCAGUAGGCUCCGCUGACAGUACCUGGGUCAAGGAGUAACUAAGUCUUUUUUUUCCUUCUAAGCUUUCUCGAAUGCUUAAAUUUUACGUGGUGGUGAUGAAGGUGAUGAUAACGUUAUGAAUCCAAUUACCUUCUUUUUAGUUUUUUUCAUUUACCUUCUUACAGUAGUUAUAUACAGUACAUUUGUUUUUGCGAUGAUGUGACAAAACAGCAAGCUGCAAUGAUAAUACUUAACCCUCUGCAAAUUUUACAAUCAUCAUACGAUGAUGUAACAAAACAGCAAGCUGUAAUGAUAAUACUCAACCCUCUGAAAAUUUUACAAUCAUCAUACGAUGAUGUGACAAAACAGCUAGCUGCAAUGAUAAUUAAUUCCUGUGCGUGCAGUUGACAGAGCCAUUUCUUUACUUCCACUUUAACAAUAACUUCUUUCUAUAAAUAAAUUUUCCUUAUUCCGGGCUCGGCCUGACUCCAGCCGACAGUACCUGGUUUCCGGAGCGGCAUUAUGACUGUCCAUGUCGGGCUUAACGAACUAUAUUUUCAUUCUAUUUUUCGUUUGUCCUAGGCAUGCUGACGAGCCCUGACAUUGGGCGAAACAGUCUAAAAAUGAUUUAUGCUAACGAAAUACAUUUAAGUUGUCAUUCUUUUUCUAUUUGAAGUGUUUAUGCUGAGCUGCGGCGUUUAUGAGAAUGUUUCGUUUCUGUUAUCAAGGUCUAAAACGUCUGCAUACGAGGUUGUUUUUUGUCCCCGUUUAAGCCUAUUUCAGGGUUCGCAAAGCCCGUUUUAGCGAAAGCUUCUGGGG